AAAAAUAGUUUCUUUUCAUAAUCAAAUUGAUUCCGUGUGAAGCUCGCGCCUUCUUAUCCGGACCGGAUUGCUUUUUGGCCGCACGCCCAUCGUUUCCUCUCGACGGUUCCCUCGGCUUAGCAUCGAUCAUGACACGGCUAAUUCGCGAAGCACCGGCCAGAGCCAACAUUGAGCUGGGCGAUGUAACGCACCACAACCUGAAGCAGCUGAAGAAGAUCAACACCGUCGUGCUUCCGGUGUCAUACAACGACAAAUUCUACCUAGACGUACUCGAAUCGGGCGAGCUCGCCAAACUAGCCUACUACAACGAUGUCGUGGUAGGCGCCGUAUGCUCACGUGUUGACACCUCCGAGAACAUGCGCCGGCUGUACAUCAUGACCCUGGGUUGUCUCUACCCGUACCGGAGGCUCGGCAUCGGUACCGUGAUGGUGCAACACAUCCUCAAUUGCGUCGAGCGUGACGGAAACUUCGACAGCAUAUUCCUGCACGUGAAAGUGGAUAACAAAGGAGCGAUCGAGUUCUACAAACGCUUCGGAUUCGAAAUUGUCGAAACCAAGCAGCAUUACUACAAGCGUAUUGAGCCGGCCGACGCCCACGUACUGCAGAAGACACUGACGAAGAAGGCGGCCGUAGCUGCGGCAGCGGCCAGCAGCAAUCCUUCCCACCACAGUUCGGACACGGAAGAUCUGGUAGCCAAUGGUGACACGCACGAGCUUCCCGCAGGUACCGCGGAACCACACGGUCAGGCCAAUGCCAUCGCAAACAAUCACUCGAGCAUCCAAAACUCAACCUCGCAGCAAACGCAACCGGCACUGGAGAAGAACCGAUAAAACGUGAACUGCUUGCCAGUUCCCAGCCACAUCAUCACCAUACGAAGAACCGUUUGCCUCCCACCAGCGCGGGAAAGGAACUCUCGGAGCCAGAGUCCAGUGUUCUUCUCGCGCUGGCCGACGACGAGAUUCGCUCUGUUUAGCUGUGUUUGUUAAAUUAAAUUCUGCUUACGCACGCGUGUGCAAACGCCCAGCGAAAGGGGCGCAUCCCAGCAUCAUCAUUACUCCCUGUUUAACGUAGAUCGUUCUUCGACUGUGUUCCGAGACCACGGUGCACACAGCUCAUCUCCUUCAGCUACUGUGUUUAGGACGCGUUUUCCGGCCACGCCGUCACAGACGAAGCUGGUGCACGCUCGCUCCUGAGGACAUCUUAGCUCAUUUGUGUUUCUGUUGUCACAUUCGUCAGUAGUUAAGCGUAAUAGUGUGUGGACACGAUCAUACGGCCCCGUGGAUGGGGCUCCCAGUACAGGCUAACACAAAGUGAACAGACAUCUAAACAUAGGACGAAUAAAGU